AUGUCUGCUACUCAUUUCCAAGAUCUCAAAGCCAAGAUGCAGGCCCUCAUUGAUGCCUUUGAGGCUCACCCCCAGUGCCAGCCUCCUAACGCCCACCCUACUGUCUUCUUCCUUUACGACUUCGUCCGUACCUCCAACAACCAGCUGAAGGUCAUCGAUGCAGACAAAUACGCUGCUAACGACAUCGCUACCAAGAAUGCUGUGGGAGAGAUCGAAGGCCGUAAUAAAUUUGCCGCUAUGCUCAUCAAUGACACCUCCGGCAAGCUCGCGAUGAUGACUGGUGCUAACCCCACCAUCCCCGCUGACCUCGGCGCGGAGAUCAAGGCCAAGGCUCGGGCUUUGACUGAGUAA